AUGCGAUCGUAUCCUCUUGUUCUUCUCUUCGCUUUUGUUGUCGUAUCACGUGAAGCCAGCGCUGAUGACACUCAAGAUCGUAAACAAGUUCAUGCCGAGACUUUGUUGGUACUAUGGAGAUCUUUGGAGGCCAUGACAACCGAAUGGGCCGUAGAUGCUGUGAGGUUACAAAAAACGCAGAUGAUCGACUGGCACAAGAGAGGGAUUACGCUAGCUGAUUUUGUGGAAAAUACAAAUGCAGCUUACGGCCCAGGAAAAAUCAACUGGAUGAAUCCUUAUUUCUCUGUAUUUGUCGCUUUUGCCCGCGGCUUUGAGGGUCCACCUGCAAAGUAUCCUCAUCUUUACCUGCUGGGAGAGUUAGCAAAAAAGAACAAUGGUUUGGGACAUGUCAUCGAAAAGAUACUCUCAGCAUCGCAACCGAAAGUAGCUGGUGAACCUGCACCUAUCCCGAUGCAUGAGCGCCGAGAUUCUGAAUUCGCUGACUCUUUCAUUCUGGACCUAUUGCAAGAAGUUGUUAUGGCCGAAUGA